AAUAAUUAAAAACUAUCUGGAACCCAUUUGGGUUUGUGUUUUCCUUGGAAAAAGAAAAGAAGAAAAAGCACAGCCCCGUCUUACUUCCCCCCAUUUGAUCUAACUGCACUCUGCUGAUUUGUGGCAUCGGAUACUUGUUUUGCCUAACUUCACGCACAUUACAUAUCCUGAGGCUUCAUGUUCGUAUGUGCUGUCUAUUUGUGAAUGAAUGUAUCAAUGACUCAAUUGUUAUUGCAGAUAAUCAUGAUGCACCAUUUGUCAAGUAGUGUAUCAAAGAGAAUACUCUCUUCUGCCAUGGCUUUCUAUAGAAAUCGUUCUUCUUUCUCUAUGGUUUCAAGACAAGCAUACAGAAGCUCAACUCUGCAGCAGAUUGUUGACAAAUCACCACGACAUGCUAUUCCUAGUGAUUUCUUGAAAUGGCGUUCGCUUGGUUGCAUUAGGACAUCAAAAUUUGCCUCUGGCUUCAGCCCGUUGAAACAAAAGCCCUUGGACUCUAUUAUUGACAUGGAGAGGGCAAAGCAAAAAUCAGCUGAAGAGCUAGCUGACAUUUGGGAUGAUUAUCACUUGGGAAGAGGUCACAUUGCAGCAUCAAUGAAAUCUAAGCUAUAUAAGCUCUUGGAGCAAAGAGCUUCAAGUUGCCGGUAUUUUGUAAUUCCGCUAUGGAAGGGAAGUGGUUACACAACAAUGUUUGUGCAAGUGCAGGCACCCCACAUUCUAAUCACAGGUCUUGAAGAUUACAAAGCAAAAGGAACUCAAGCUGCUCCAUACUUCACAGUUUCUUACUACACUGAGUUUGCUGAAAGCAAGGAUCUAGUUCUUGUUCGAGGGGACAUUGUCUUUACUAGCAAGCUCACGGACUCGGAGGCAAAAUGGCUUUUGGACACUAUACAAUCAUUUUACUUGAAUGAUGUCAGGUACAAAUUAGUGGAGCGCUUUAACAGAGAAACAAGUGAGUUUGAGUUUAAAGAUGUUUUACAAACUUUGGAGAUGCCAAUAAUGUGAUUGACACAUCCAAUAUUCUGUCAUAUGAACAAUUAGAAGAGAUGGAGUUUGAUUGUGAAAGGAUCAUUCAACAUUUAGCAACAUUAGCAUUGUAGUUCUCCUUGCCAUUUUGACAGGCAAUCGUAUCUGUCCAGCUUAAAAUGCUUGUAUUGCAUUAGCUUAACAAUCUUUUCUUAUUUGGAUUUCUUUCAUUGAGGCAAAGUUAAGUAUCUUCAUGCUGCUUGAUAUAAUACCAUUUGUGUAUUAUAGAGUACUGACAAGUGAUUUUCUUUCUAAAGAAAGAAACUAAAUUAUCUAUGAUACUUUGCCAGAA